GAUAAUAGGCUACAAAUUGAGCCUCUUCCCCCCGCCAAGAGAGAGCUCGAGGGGGGAGGGGGGAGAAAAGAAAGCAAGCGACUUGGUCAGAGAGUUAAGGGGGAGCGUCGCGUGCCAAAGGCCCGCGGGAGGGGCGAGGCGAGGCGAGAGCCUCGUGUGCCAGCCGCAGCCCCACACCUGCCGGGAUGUCCGGACAAAUAAAGCGGUGUAAACAAAAAAGGGGGAGAUGGACGUGUCACCAAGUCUUGUGAGAAAAAGCCUGGGAACAAACGGGGAGCCUCCGUCUCCAAGAGCUCUCCCUUGAACCCGGCGGAACAGCCUAUUAAAGGCUUACUUAAUUACUUUAAUGACUCUGGACAGGCUUUAAAACGCACUCGGUGCUGGGACGGCGAGCUUGCUGGGAUUUGUAAACAGGCGAUCGUGUGAGACUCAGCGGUGGGACUAAAGGAGGCGACACUGUUUUGUGAGGGUCCUCGCCCCCCGGUGCCCACGGCCACUGCGCCCCUGCGCUCCGCGCCCCGCAACUGUUACAGGAGUUUACCGCCUCCUUUUCCCGCCCGGGCGGUUGCCAUGCAAAUGUUACUCCUCAGCCGAUCACGUGUCCUUUGAAGGGCCACGUGGAUUAACAAAGCUGAUCGGCCCCCAGCUCGCCCCCCUCGGCUGCUAAAUUUUUUUUUUCUCUUAACUUCUUUAAAACGGAUCUUCAAUGCAUACAUUCUCCAAACCCAGAUCCCCUAAUCCUAUGGAAUAAUUCAACUCGUGAAUGCACUUGCAGCCCUAGAUGACCGCUUUAUAAGGGAGCCCUUCGGAGUUGGGAGGCUGCAGUCUACCUGGGACCCUCCAAGAGGCACACGAGGUGGAGAGUGGACGGGUGCCCGGCGCCACUGCCUCUCCCCGAGGGCGCAUACUGACCAGGAUGUCAGACAAGCUCAAGGAACGCAAAGUGAGUCCUUGCGCCCUGGUAAUGGAGGCCUGGGACUCACCCACCUGCCACCUGGCGGGACCGAUCUCAGAGAUGUAGCCACGCGAGACGUAGAGUGCGGAGGAAUACUACGUGCUUUAGAAAGGGGGUAGAGGUAGGGACGGUGCCGGCUUAGCCAGGAGAAGCUCACUCUUGGAGGCUGGCAGUCAUCUCCCCAAAGUUCUGGCGCUUAGCGUGCCUCAGUGGUUGGAUUGGGUUGGAUGGCUUAAAGGACAGCACACCUAUGAGGGGCAAGCGGGGACUGAACUCCUCAGCCUGCGUGUGGCCAGGCAGGGGUCCCUUCCUGGGGUUCGCCUCUGAGCGCGCAGCUAUUAUUAGCUAUUGCCCAGGGAGGCAGACGUCCUGAGUGUAAAGAAGAAAAACCUCCGUGUUUACAGAGAACUCCGGUUUCUCACAAAGUGAUAGAAAAGCGAAGGAGGGAUCGAAUCAACCGCUGCUUGAAUGAGCUGGGCAAAACGGUGCCCAUGGCCCUGGCGAAGCAGAUCCCCAGGGGUCCGGCUCGGGGUCCGGCUCGGGGUCCCCUGAAGCCUUCCCGGGUUACACGUCGAUGACAGAGACGCCACAAGUAGCCUUUUCUCCUUUGGCAGAGUUCUGGGAAGCUAGAGAAGGCGGAGAUCCUGGAGAUGACGGUUCAGUACCUAAGAGCCCUGCACUCCGCCGAUUUUCCCCGGGGAAGGGAAAAAGCAGAACUUCUAGCAGAGUUUGCCAACUAUUUCCACUAUGGCUACCACGAAUGUAUGAAGAACCUGGUGCAUUACCUCACCACCGUGGAGCGGAUGGAGACCAAGGACGCGAAGUACGCGCGCAUCCUCGCCUUUUUGCAGUCCAAGGCCCGCCUGGGAGCGGAGCCCCCCUUCCCACCCCUGAGUUCGCUCCCGGAGCCAGAUUUCUCUUAUCAACUGCACCCUGCGGGUCCCGAAUUUGCGGGCCACACUCCGGGCGAGGCCACUGUGUUCCCGCAGGGUGCUGCCCCGGGGUCUUUCUCCUGGCCACACGGCGCAGCCCGCAGUCCCGCGCUGUCCUACCUGCCCGGUGCGCCGGUGCCCCUCUCGAGCCCCGCGCAGCAGCACAGUCCCUUCCUGUCGCAGGUUCAGGGCCUCGACCGGCAUUACCUCAACCUGAUCGGCCACGCCCACCCCAACGCCCUCAACCUGCACACGCCCCAGCACCCCCAGGUGCUCUGACACCGCGAGGUCGCCUUACACGCUGGGCGCAAUCCAGAGGAAAUGUACAUAUUGUUAUUGUACAGGUGUAAAUAGUAUGCAAACACUGGGUGGGAGAAGGCCGUGAGCGAAUUAGUCUUCUGGAGGAUCGUCCUCUCGCAAUAAACGUUUUGUAAUAAAGAUCCGAA